CAAUGAAAUAAUUGUUUCAAUUACUUAAUUCUUUAGGCAACAAGAUUCAGACAAACUCGUAGAAGAAGAGGACAUGUUUCAAUGGGUUAUGGUCGUAUUGGAAAACAUAGAAAACAAAGAGGAGGAAGAGGAAAUGCUGGUGGACAACACCACAGAAAGACAUGGUUCACUACAUUCCAUCCAGACUACUUUGGAAAACAUGGAAUGAGAGUAUUCCAUCUUAAAGCUAAUAAAUACUAUUGUCCAAGUAUCAAUGUAGAUUCAUUAUGGAGCCUUGUUGGUAAAGAUAUUCAAGCACAAUACAAAAAUGCUAAAGUAGGAGAAGAAGUUCCAGUUAUUGACUGUGUAAAACAUGGUUAUUUCAAGGUUCUUGGUAAAGGAUUCCUUCCAAAACAACCAGUUAUUGUCAGAGCUAGAUAUUUCAGUGAAAAAGCUCAACAAAAGAUUAAGGCUGUUGGAGGUGCUUGCGAACUUACUGCUUAAUUGAUUUCUUGUUUUCUCCU